AUGUUCGGCGACGAGAAUUUUGGGUGCUGGUUCGAUUCCCGAUCCGGGCUGUCUGAAUUAUUGUUUCUUGGAAUGUUUAAAAGGUCAGCUAAAAUAAUUAAAACUAAAAAAAAAUGCUGGAUCGACGAAGGAAACUUCACAAGCGUCCUGGUUUAUCCCGUCUGCGUGUCAACCCUCCUCAACCUGCUCUUUCUCUGCAACAUUGUUCGCGUUCUUCUGACCAAGUUAAGAGCUGGGCCAGCAAUCGGAACCCGGCCACCACGCUCGAUGCUUCAAGCUUUCAGGUAUAAAGAACAAACUCUGGAUGUAGAUCCGGAAACUUUUUCCGUAGCCACCCUGCUCCUGGUCCCGCUUCUGGGUCUGCACUAUCUCGUGAUACCAUUCCGUCCUCCGCCAGGACAUUCCUGGGAAAAAACUCAUGACAUCGUUUCUGCUGUUACUGCUUCAUUUCAAGGUCUAUGUGUCGCGAUUUUGUUCUGCUUCUGUAACGGUGAGGUCAUAGCACAGUUUAAGCGAAGAUGGGAAGGUUCUGUACUUAUCAGAAAACGUGCCAACUCAUGCACCGCAACAACAGUUUUGUCCGCUCGACUGCAGGUCCGGUGGCGGGAGAGGAAAAGGUGUGACUAUCAGGCAGAAUUUCCUAUGGAGGAAAAGCUUGAGAAACUUAUCAUCGAAAAUCACUCGCACAAUCACAAUCACAACCACAACAGUGACCAUCAUCAUCAUAAUCUUCUCACGGAGGACAAGGAAGAUAACAAUGUUGCGAACGAGCAGGAGAUUAUUAUCAAACACAACGACUCAACUUAUGACCUCAACCAAUAUCAAACUCAGUGUUGA